AUGCCAUUGGAGGGGACCUAUGCAAUAUGGAAUAAUCGUGGUGGCUCUGGUAAAACAAAUUUAACAUAUCAUUUGGCUAUUAAAUAUGCAUAUAGAAAUCCAGAUAAAACAGUUCUUGUUGUUGAUAUGUGUCCACAAGCUGAUUUAAGUCAUGCUUUUCUUGGUGAUCCUUGUGCAUCUCAACCCUGUAUGAAUCAAGGCAGCUGUAUGCGAGAUAAUGGUGGCUUUCGAUGUAUUUGUCCACCAGGAUAUUCUGGAAGUCGAUGUGAAAUUCGUGAUGUAUGUCAACCGAAUCCUUGUAUGAAUGGAGGAACAUGUCGAUCUGUAAAUGGAAAUGGUGGAUAUCAAUGUAUAUGUCCAGCUGGUUUUACAGGUUCACGUUGUGAAACAAGAGAUGCUUGUAAUCCAAAUCCUUGUUUGAAUGGAGGAACUUGUAUGACAAACGGACUUGGGGGAUUUAUCUGUCAAUGUCCACCUGGAUUUAGUGGUCAACGAUGUGAAGAUCGUGAUCCUUGUGCAUCUCAACCCUGUAUGAAUCAAGGCAGCUGUAUGCGAGAUAAUGGUGGUUUUCGAUGUAUUUGUCCACCAGGAUAUUCUGGAAGUCGAUGUGAAAUUCGUGAUGUAUGUCAACCGAAUCCUUGUAUGAAUGGAGGAACAUGUCGAUCUGUAAAUGGAAAUGGUGGAUAUCAAUGUAUAUGUCCAACUGGUUUUACAGGUUCACGUUGUGAAACAAGAGAUUCUUGUAAUCCAAAUCCUUGUUUGAAUGGAGGCACCUGUAUGACAAAUAGUUUUGGAGGAUUUACUUGUCAAUGUCCCCCGGGAUUUAGUGGUCAACGUUGUGAAGAUCAAGAUGGUUGUGCGAGUCAACCAUGUAAAAAUAAUGGUGUUUGUGUGAGUUCAGGUGGUGGUGCAUAUACAUGUCAAUGUCUGACGGGUUUUGAAGGACAAAAUUGUGAUCAAGUUGAUAUUUGUGGUGUGAAAAAUCCAUGUAUUUGUGGUACAUGUCAAAAUGAUCCAUCUAAUCCUCAAGGUUUUCGUUGUUUCUGUCCGUCUGGUUAUUCAGGAGAUCGAUGUGAAAAACAUAGUGGAGAAGAAUGUAUAAAUGGCGGUGAAUGUAUACAACGUCCAAUUGGUGAUUAUGUUUGUUCAUGCCCUUUUCCAUAUUGUGGUUCACGUUGUCAAAAUCAACGACCAUUCUGUGAUGGUAGCAAUACUGCUGUUACACCAGUUGUAACAACAUUAAAUCCUGCAUGUUCUUCCAGUCUUUGUAAUAACCGUGGUACAUGUCAACAAAAUGGAUAUGGAAAAGGUAUACAAUGUUAUUGUUCAGCAGGAUGGUCUGGUUCACGAUGUCAAUAUGCUAUGCGUACAAAUGUUGGUCGUAGCCAAGAUUUAAUACUAAAAAAUAAUCGAACCAUUUUAACAAGUACUACUCGUACGCAUACUCGACGACUACGUGCAUAA